AUGGCACAGCCAGAAAGUUACAUCAAAGUCCAGACCAAGGUUGACGUGCACAGCCUUGUGAGUAGUGUAAAGCUCCAAUGCAUAGGUACCGAGCUCUCUUCCAAUACCACUCAUCUUGACACCACCAAAUGGAACGUGGAUGUCAGAGUCACCGUUGGAGUUGAUGAACACCAUACCGGCCUGCAGCUUGGAAGCAACCUUGUGGGCCUUGGUGAUGUUGUUGGAAAACAAAGCAGCAGCAAGACCGUAGGUGGUGUUGUUGGCUCUCUUGAUAACCUCAGCAGUGGUUUUGAACUUGGCAAUUGCAACAACAGGACCAAAGAUCUCUUCACGGGAAAUGGUCAUGUCGUCGGUACAGUCACCAAACACAAAUGGACUGGCAAAGUAUCCCGGACCGUCGUGGAACUUUCCGGUCAAAAGUUUGGCACCUUCCUUCUGUCCGAUCUCAACGUACUUCUUAACCUUCUCGUACUGAAGAGAAGAAACGAGUGGACCAAUGGUGCAACCUUUCUCGAAUGGACCAGCCACCUUGGCGUUUUCCUCGGUGAACUUGACAAACUCCUCCACGAACUUGUCGUAGAUGGACUCCUCCACGUAAAAUCUAGAAGUGGAGGUACAAACUUCACCCUUGUUGUAGAAGAUACCACUGUAUCCCCAUUCGACAGCUUUCUUCAAGUCGCUGUCGGCAAAGACAAUGAACGGAGACUUACCACCACAUUCCAAAGUGACGUUCUUCAAGUUGGAUUUGGCAGCAGCCUCCAUGAUUCUUUGACCAGUGGCAGUGGAUCCGGUGAAGGCAACCUUGUUGAUGUCUGGGUGGGAGGCAAGGGUAGCACCGGCGUCCUUACCGUAACCAGAAACAAUGUUGACCACACCUUUUGGGAGACCAGCCUCCAAAAUGACCUUACCGAAAUAAAUAGCAGACAAUGGGGUAAUCUCAGACGACUUGAGCACCACCGUGUUACCGGUGGCCAGAGCAGGUCCGAGCUUCCAUGCCAUCAUCAUGAAUGGGAAGUUCCAUGGAAUGAUAGAUGCAACAGCACCCAAUGGGACAGGGUCGGUGAAGCACAUCUUAUCUUUACCGAGAACUUCAGCACCGAUAUACUGGCCGUGGAUCUUGUCAGCAAAGCCAGCGUAGUACUUGAACACUUCGUAGGCCUCCACAAUGUCUCCCGCAAGACAUUCUUCUUCGUAAGGCUUUCCGUUGUCCCAAGACUCCAGGGAGGCAAUCAACUCGACAUCUCUUUUGAUAAUCUCGUAGAUCUUGUAGAGGUAGUCGCCUCUUUGAGAACCAGUGAGGCCAGACCAAGACUCGUCCUCAAAAGCGUCAACAGCAGCCUGGACGGCCAAAUUGACCUCCUUUUCGCCCGCCGCAUAAACAGAGGCGAUGGUUUUCCCUGUGGCCGGGUCAAUCGAAUCAAUAGUGGUGUCUGUCUUGACCCAUUCGUUGUUGAUGAACAACCCCAAAGGUUGUUCGAUGGUCUUGUUGUUAGGAGUGACUCGUAUGCCCCGGGAGAGGUCAAGUGCCCUUCGUACUUGAAUGAAUCUGAUUACAACACAGACACCAGACACGGUCUUAUUCGUGCUGCUACCAGUUUGAGCGACGACGAAGCAGAUUGGAUCGAGGAACGUGACAACAUCACAAACACCAACCUUCGGUGGUUCUUGAAGCUCGCCAACCUCACAGACUUUGAUACUGACGACUUCCUCGACACUUUGAGUGAGGAGAGUAAAACAAACUCCUCUAUUCUCAGCACCCCACGUAUAGGCUUAGCUUUUAGCGGCGGUGGCUAUAGAGCAAUGUUGGGUGCUGCAGGUCAGAUCGCCGGUUUGGAUAACAGAACCGACGGCUGCUACGACCAUGGUGUGCCUAUUCUCUCUUCUGUUUCGUACAUCGCCGGUCUGUCUGGUGGUUCUUGGUUCCUUUCCUCGUUGGCUUUCAACAACUGGACCUCGGUCCAGGACAUUCUGGACCAGAACGGCCAGGACAAUGCGAUUUGGGACCUUGAGGAUUCCAUUCUCUCCAGCGGCGGACUGUUCCACACCCUUGGGUACUGGAGUUCCAUCAGUGACGACAUUGAAGCCAAGAAAGAUGCCGGUUAUGACAUCACUCUUACGGAUCCGUGGGGAAGAGCUCUGUCUCACCAGUUUUUCCCUAAUCUGUCCGAUUACGGCGCAUCCAUGACGUUCUCGUCAAUUAGAGAGUUCCCGGUGUUCGAGAAUCACGAAAUGCCGUUCCCUAUUGUCGUUACCGACGGAAGAACUCCGGGCACGGAAAUCAUCUCCGAGAACUCCACUGUUUUCGAGAUCAAUCCUUUCGAGAUGGGUUCCUGGGACCCAACUCUGUACUCGUUCACCGACCUCGAGUAUAUCGGUACCAACGUCAGCAACGGUAAGCCCGUCAACGAUACCUGUAUUGGAGGCUUUGACAACACCGGAUUCGUGUUCGGAACCUCAUCGUCUCUUUUCAACGAAGUUCUGCUCGAACUUAACGGCAGCGACACGUCCAGCUUCCUUUCCUCUUUGCUCGAGGACUUCUUGCAGGGCGUUGGCUUUGACGACAACGAUAUCGCCGAUUAUAAGCCAAAUCCAUUCUACGGGUCUGAGUUUGCUUCUUCCAAAGACAUUGUCACUUCUGAGUCGCUUGACCUCGUGGACGGUGGUGAGGACUACCAGAACAUCCCAUUGCACCCAUUGAUCCAGCCAGAAAGACAGAUCGAUAUCGUCUUUGCGUAUGAUAACUCAUACGACACAGACACUUACUGGCCUAACGGAACCUCCUUAGUGUACACUUACGAGCGUCAAUUUUCUAGCAUGGCAAACCAUACUGCAUUCCCAUACGUUCCAGACCAAACUACGUUUUUGACCAAGAACCUGACAUCCAAGCCAACUUUCUUUGGAUGCUACUCGUCCAACUUGACUUCACUUAUGGACGAGGUGGGAUCCGACCACGUUCCUCCGCUUGUGGUCUAUAUUGCCAACAGACCGUACUCCUACUACACCAAUACCUCCACUUACAAGAUGUCCUACAGUAACGAGGAAAAGCUCGGCUUUUUCCAGAACGGAUUCGAAGUUUCCACCAGAAACAACCUCACUGCCGACGACGAAUACCGGGCGUGUAUUGGAUGCGCCAUCUUGCAGAGAUCCAGAGAAAGACUCGGUCUCGAGAUGGGCGACCAGUGCCAGAGGUGUUUUGACGAAUAUUGUUGGGACGGCACUCUAGAUACCAACGAGAAUGACAUCGGUGUCAACUUCACCCAGAGCGGUCUCACUUCUGGCGAUGAGCAGACGGAGGCCAAGAAGAGCGGAGCCGCCAAACUUGCUCAAGAAGGUCUUUUCUUGAAACUCGUGUUUGUCGAGCCGGUCGAGGACUGUUUACCGUGUCAAGUUCUGGGAUCCGCAGCUGCUAUUGGAGCGGGCGUUUUCUUCGGAUCAGGCUACCUUUUCAAAGGCGAUCCGGACUUCAAGAAAAACCCAGCCUGGUGGAGAUCCAGCGUCAGAGGUCUGGGCGGAGCACUUUUCGCUCUGGGACUAUACAGGGCUGGUCAGCACUGGCUCUGGGAUAAGGACAUCAGUUCCCAGCCCAACAGCGAGCUCAAGUGA